CCGCCCCGCGUAGGCCGCGAAGCCGCGGCCUCGCUUUACCCGCGGGCGGGCAGCGGGGGGCGCCUGGGCGGCGGGGGAAACUGAGGCACCGGGCGGACCCCCCCCCCCCCCCCCCCCCGCCGUCCCGCGGCUCCGGCGGCGCCAGGCCUCCCCCGGCGCCAUCCCCCGCCCGCCCAACCGCCCCGGGCCUCGGAGCCAGCGCCGCCGCCGGGGAGCGGCUCCCCGCGGGGCCCCGGAGCAUCCUCGCCGCCAGGGCCGGGCGGGCGCCUUUGGCCUCGCUGCUCUUCCCUUCGGGCCGGGUUCGGGCCCCGCUCGGGCAGGAGGCCGCGGCGGCGGCGCUGGGCAGGAAGCAGCCGGAGCUGCUCAGCCGCGAGGUGACUUGCCCGGGGCCUGGGCUCCCGCAGCCGGGGAGGCCGGGGAGCGGCUCGGAGCGGCGGACGCAAGCACUGGGCCCCGCCGCUUGGCUCCUUGGAGGAGGAAGGAUGGCCCAGGAGACAAAUCAAACCCAGGUUCCUCUGUUGUGUACCACGGGCUGUGGAUUUUAUGGCAGCCCCCGGACCAACGGGAUGUGCUCCGUUUGCUAUAAGGAAUUUCUACAGAGACAACAGAGCAGUGACCGGAUAAGCCCCCCAGCCAAUGGUCCCAACAACAGCCCUGUGGCUUCGGACUCAAUUGCAGGGCCGUGCGCAGAGGGAGAGUCCACGCCUGAGGAUGUGGAAGCCAGUGCUCAGACGCCUGUGACCCACCAGAUGACGGCCAUGAGCAUAUCCAGAGAAGAAAGCAGCAAUGAGACAGAGAGAUUCGUUAAGACAGAAGAAGCCUCAUCAGCAUCUUCCUCGUCAGGUACCCUCCUUGAAAUAUCCCAGAACACAGCCGAGGACAAGAUGGCUUCAGAAAAGAUGAAACAGAAGAAGAACCGCUGCUUCACUUGCCGGAAGAAGAUAGGGUUAACUGGCUUUGACUGCCGCUGCGGGAACCUGUUCUGUGCCGUGCACCGGUACUCGGACAUGCACGCCUGCCCCUACGACUACAAGGCAGAAGCAGCUGAGAAAAUCCGCAAGGAGAACCCCAUCAUCGUAGCUGAGAAGAUCCAAAAGUUGUGAAGGAGGCUGAGCAGCUCGAACCACAGCCACGUGGCCUGGUGCUCCUCCCCUUCCUCCCAGCCUUCCUCCUCUUCCUCCCAACCCCGUCAAUGGCCUGAUGGUGCCUCCAGCAGCAGACGUGAAUCUACACCCAGAGAUGGAGAAUCCUCACAGCUCUUCGGCAGAGAUUUGGGGCUCCUUCUCUCCCUUCCUCUCUGUCCUACAGCUGCUGCUCAGUCGAUCCAUUUUUGACCAACUUCCAAAAGGAGAAGGGAUGGUCACUGCUCCACCCACCGCCAGAGCGGAGACCUUUGGACUUGUCUUCCAACAGGGCGGUUUGCGCAGCGCGGGCGGCAGGGCUCCGCCGGGCAGCCUGUCCGUGCGGCCGGCGGCUCUGCCUUCUGCAAACCUCCCGGGCCUAGCCAGCGUCCCGAGCUGUCCCCAUGCUUGUUCCCUCUGCCCCGUUGUCUGGGGCAGAUGCAGAAACGGGAGCCGAGGAGUCCCGGCGGCGAGUCUACCCUCUGCUCCGCCUGAGGCGUCCCAUCUCGGAUGCAGGAAAGGGGAUUCGGUAGUUUUAACGCCCCAAAUACCCCCCGCUUCCCUUUGAGAAGCUGUUGGAGCAGUUGGAUCGUCAAGCAGCGGAGCACUGACAGCAACGUUCCUCUGUGGCUCGCGGUGGCACAGACCCGCUCAGCCGCAAGUCGGGACCUUUAAGAAAGCACCACCGCGUGCCUCCCGCCUCUCGCCGCGGGGCCUGCUCCUUCCGCGGACGUGGCUGGCCCGAGGGCCACCCUCGCACCAGCCUCCUGGGGCUUUGAACGCUCCCCCCUCGCCCCCCACGUAACCGCUGGCCCCUUCCCAAGCGAGGCCGGGUGGAACGGGGCCGGAGCCGGCGCUCGGGCGGCCUCUCCUCUCCCCUUCACUCCCCACCUUCUGCCUUACGUGAUUCUUUCUGAUCAGGGUUGCGCACGAGGCUUAGACCAGCAAACCUCUAACCUUCCCUGCCCGCGCGCGAGUCCCGGAGACCCGUUUCCCCCGCCGCAGACCUCGCUGAUAUUCAGCGGGAGUCCCUCUUUCCUACGAGCGUGUUUACUCCGGAAGCGCAGAGGCUCCUGGGGUGCACCGAAAGCCAAGCGGGGGGCUCUGGGGUCCACAAAAAGGCACACAGAGGGUCUGGGGCUCUUUGGUCUUGUUCCUAAGCCUAGCUUUGGCUGCGGGCUGAGCCUUGGAGAAGACCCUCAGCAGCAGCAGCCCGGUUGGAUAAAUAGCAAGGGAAAAAGCUUUUUGCAGCCUCCCCCUUCUUUUUGCAGCCCCGCAGCAGCAGGAGCUCCAGGCUUCGCGUCUCGCCUAACCCUCGGCUCAGCCCUAACCGCAGCCUGGGGGAAAAGGGUCUCGGGGAGAAACCUUCUGGCAGGGCUCGGGUCUCCCCCUGCGCCCCCCCGGCUUUUCCUGGGCUUCCCUCCGGGCUCUUCUCCCCGGGACGCCCGGCAGCGAGGCCGCGAUGGCUCGCGCUCACCAGCACAGAGCUCCGGAUGGGUCCCAGGAGAAAACAGCAGCCUCUGCCCCACUUUUAACCAUCCCACGUGUUUUAAGCGUUUCCUUCGCUAUCAGCUCGUGUCGCGGCCGCAGAGAGCUGUUAACGCGCGGGGCCGAAGCAUCGGCAUCAGGAAAGCGGUGCGCGAAGUUCGCGGGCUGGCGGGGAGGGACGGGGGGGCGACUUGUGCCGCCAGCCGCUCCUCCGCCGCCUCCCGUUCUAUUUUUCUUAGUACGAAACCAGAUCUGUAAAUAUUAAUAUAUUCUAGUUUGCUUGGA